CCCGUAUAGCCGUUGAAAGCCACAAAAAUUUAUUUCAACUCAUAUUGAAUUUUCACUCUGCUGAUAAGCGAAUUGUGUGACAACUAUAAGUAAAAUUCGAUCGCCGAUUAAUUUUCUUCUAAUUAUUCAAUUUUUCUUUUAUUUCUAUAUUAAAGUCGCUGGUGCAUCAUGUCUGUACUGAUAGCUGACUUAGUUGGAUUAGUAGACAUAACCAAUGCUGUGGAAUUAUCCUUAGCUGGUUCAUGUACUAUUAGUAGUGGAUUAAAGCAACCACUAUAUGAUCCUAAAGGGAAUUCAUUAAAUCCUUGUUUUGUUGGUGCACUUGUAUUUUUAUUUAAUGUGAUAUUUGGUGGGUUUGCUAUUUUUCAAUUAAUAUCAAUUUUAAUUAAUAAUAAAUUUGGUCCAUUUCCAAUUAAAUAUUCUUUUGGUUCUCCAUUUAAAGUUAAAUCAGUAGGAAUUUUUCAAUUAGUAAAAUUAAAUUCAGUAUUUUUACAAGCUAUUCUUUCAAUCUUUUUAUUUGCUUUUGUUUUUACUAGUUGGAAUUCAGUCAUUUCUUUAGCAGUUAUUGCAUCAGUUAUAAUUAAUAGUUUUAUUUUAUUACCUUUACAUAUUAUAGAACCAACUAGAUCUAUAAUUCCUAGUGCAUCUUUAUUAUUAUAUUGGACAAUAUUUAUAAUUCUUUAUAUUGUGGUUAUAAUAUCAGAUUCAUUUUCUCCUUAUAAAGUAUUUCUUCCAUUAAAUGAUGCAACAUCUUCUGUCAUUGUUUAUACUAUUGAAAUUGGUUUAUUAAUUAAUUCAAUUAUAAUAUUAGGAUUUGAAAUAUUUUUAUAUGUACCAUCAAAGGAAUUACUGGAAUAUUUUGAAUUAAAUGAUUGGGAACCAAGUUCUCUGAGAAGUAUUUAUUCUGAAUUUGGAUUUUUUUGGCUUAAUCAUCUUAUUGAAAGUAUUUAUAGAUCAGGUGAAUUAGAUCAAAAGGAUUUACCAGCUUUACCAAUUGGAAUUAAAAGUGAUGUAAGUUAUAAUAUCUUUUAUAAUCAAUGGACAAGUACUGAAACAAAGGCUCAAGUUAAAUUACAAAAGAAAUUACUGAAAAUUUCUAAUCCAACUAAAAAGGAUAAGAAAUUAUCUCUUAAUUUAUUUUGGAUUCUUAUUAAAAUUCAUUGGGUUGAAUUACUGGUAGCUUAUAUACUUGAUAUGUCAGAAAUGUUAUUUGGAUUUGGUCAAACAUUUUUAUUUCAAAGAUUUAUUUUAUUCUUUAAUAAUGCUAGUACUUCUGAAGAUGAUUCACGUAAGGAAAGACCUCCAUUAAUUGUUGGAUUUACUAUAGCUACCGCAAUUUUUAUUUGUGCAGCAUCUAGAUUUGUAAGUUUUAACAGAUAUUUUGCAGUUUAUUUUUCAGUUAGAAGUAAAUUACAAGGUUCAUUAACUAGUAUGAUUUAUAAAAAAUCAUUAAGACUUUCACCUGAAUCAAGAAAGGGUAAAACUAGUGGAGAAAUUGUUAAUAAUUUAGCAGUAGAUGUUUCAACCGUAGUUGAUUUACCAUCAUUUGUUGAACUUUCAACUAUUCCAGUUCGAUUAAUUCUUACAUUAAUGGCUUUAUAUAAGAUUGUGGGUAUUUCUACUGGAUCAGGAUUUAUAGUGGCAUGUAUUUUAGUUCCAAUUAGUACUAAAGUUAGUACCUCAAUUUCUACUCUUUAUAAUGAAUCGAUGACAGUUCGAGAUGAAAGAACAAGACUUACAUCAGAAAUUAUGAAUUCAGUUAAAAGUAUUAAAUUAUAUUCAUGGGAAACUCCAAUGUUAGAAAGAUUAUUUAAUUUAAGAAAUCAAAAAGAAUUAGUCCUUGGAAAACGUAUUGGAGUUUUCAAUUCAUUUGCUAAUUUCUUUUGGUAUUGUAUUCCAUUUUUAAUUACUUGUGCAAGUUUAGUUACUUUUGCAAAUAUUGCGGGAAUUCCUUUAGUACCUUCGAUCGUUUUCCCUGCUAUAACUUUAUUUAAUAUGUUAGCUGAACCAAUUUUAUUGCUUCCAAAUUUAUUUACUCAUUAUGUUGAAACUAAAGUUUCAGUUAAUAGAUUACAAGACUUAUUCUUACUUGAAGAAUUAGAAAAUACUGAAGUUGAAAGAUCUCUUUCAAAUCUUAAGACUGGUGAAAAUGCUAUUGAAAUUAAUAAUGCAACUUUUGUUUGGAAUAUAAAUGAUGAAAAGAAAUCUGAUACUAGUCGUCCUCCUGCUGAAGAAGAAGUUGAAUCUGAUGGUAUUGAUAAUAUUGCUUUAUCAAUUAAAGAUUUUACUGCUAAAAAGGGUGAUUUAACUUGUAUAGUUGGUAGAGUUGGUACUGGUAAAACCACUUUAUUAAGAAGUUUACUUGGUGAAGUUACUGCUAUUAAAGGUGAUAAUUCAACUAUUAAAGUUAAUGGAACUGUAGCUUAUUGUUCUCAAUCUCCAUGGAUUAUGAAUGCUACUGUUAAAGAAAAUAUUUUAUUUGGUUGUAGAUUUGAUAAGGCAUUUUAUACAAAGACUGUUGAAGCUUGUCAAUUAUUGCCUGAUUUUGAUGUUUUACCCGAUGGUGAUAGAACUGUUGUUGGUGAAAAGGGUAUUUCAUUAAGUGGAGGUCAAAAGGCAAGAAUUGCUCUUGCAAGAGCAGUUUAUGCUAGAGCUGAUAUUUAUUUAUUAGAUGAUGUAUUAUCUGCUGUUGAUGCUCAUGUUGGUAAGAAAAUUACUGAUCAAGUAUUAAGUUCUACCGGAAUUUUAGCUUCAAAGACUCUUAUAUUAGCUACUAAUGCAGUUAGUGUUUUACAUAAAGCUCAUGAAAUUGUUCUUUUAAAGGAUAAAACCAUUACUGAAAAGGGUAAUUUUGAAGAAGUUACUGCUAGAAAUGGAGAUCUUGCUAAAUUAAUUGAAGAAUUUGGUAAAAAGGAAGAAGAACAUGAAAAGGAAGAAGAAGAAGCUAUUGAAGAAACUAAGAUUGCAUCUGCUGAAGUUUCUGAAACCAAUUCUUCUUCACUGUUAAGAGAAGAAGAUGUAAUUAAAUAUGAUCCAGUUAAUGUACCUGAAGUUGCUGCAGCAGUGGCUUUAACAGUUGAAGGUGAAUAUGAAGCCUUAGAAAGAAUUGAAUCUAGAAAUACUCUUAGAAGAGGUAGUUUUGUAUCAUUUGAUCAUAAUUAUGAAGAUGAUGAAGAUCCAGAUAUUAUAAAGAAAACAGGUCAUACAGUUGAAGGAGCCGCUAAAGGUGAAGUUAAAUUAACAGUAUAUUUGGAAUAUUUUAAGGCUUGUAAUUAUUGGUAUCUUUCUAUCUAUAUAAUUUGUUUGGCAGCCAAUGUUUCUGCUAGUAUUCUUGGAAAUUAUGUAUUAAAAACUUGGUCAGAAAAGAAUUUAGAAGUUGGUCAUAAUGUUGAACCAGUAUUUUAUUUGGUUGUUUAUUCUACUUUAGGAAUUUCUUCAGGUUUAUUCAUUUUAUUUGCUUACUUUAUUAUUUAUACUUAUUGUACUAUUAAAGCUUCAAAAUAUUUCCAUGAUACUAUGGCUACUGCAGUUUUAAGAUCUCCAAUGUCAUUCUUUGAAACCACUCCAGUUGGUAGAAUAUUAAAUAGAUUUGCUGAUGAUAUUAAUGUUAUUGAUGGACAAAUUAUGUGGGUGUUUUUAUUAUUAUUUGAUUUCCUCUUUAAUGCUAUUGGAUUAUUAGGAGUUAUUAUUUAUAAUUUACCAAUUAUGUUUUUUGUUGUUGUUGCCCUUAUGAUCUUUUAUAAUAGUAUUAGAAAAUAUUUUAUACCUUCUUCAAGAGAACUUCGAAGAUUAUCUAGUGCUAAUAAGAGUCCAGUAUUUUCUCAUCUUCAAGAAUCAGUUACUGGUAUUGAAACUAUUAGAGCUUAUGGACAAAUUGAUAGAUUUAUCUUUAGAAAUACUAAUAAUGUUGAUAAAUUACUUCAAACAACUUUUAAUAAUUUAGUAUGUAAUAGAUGGUUAUCUAUGAGACUUCAAAGUAUUUCUGCUAUAAUUGUUUUUGGUACUACAUUAAUGAUUUUAUCAACUUUAGGUACUGAUAGAGAAUUAAGUGCUGCUUUAGUUGGAUUUGUUAUGCUUAAUGCUUUAAGUGUUACUGGAGUAUUAAAUGCUAUUAUUAGAAUGUGGGCUGAUAUUGAAACUAAAUCUGUUUCAUUAGAAAGAGUUAUUGAAUUUAUUAAUUUAAAACCAGAAGCUGAAACUAUAAUUGAAAAUAAUAGACCAGCAGAAUCUUGGCCAACAGACGGAGCUAUUUCAUUUAAACAAUAUUCUACUAAAUAUAGAGAGAAUUUAGAUCCAGUAUUAAAGGAUUUAUCAAUUGAUAUUAAACCCAGUGAAAAAGUUGGAAUUGUUGGUAGAACAGGAGCUGGUAAAUCAACUAUAGCUAUAUCAUUAUUCCGUAUAAUAGAAGCAUCUGGUGGACAUAUUGAAAUUGAUGGUAUUGAUACUAGUAAAAUCGGAUUAUUUGAUUUACGUCAAAAAUUAAAUAUUAUCCCUCAAGAUGCUCAAACUAUUGAAGGAUCAAUUAGACAAAAUUUAGAUCCAUUUGAUCAAUAUACUGAUGAAGAACUUUGGAAAGUAUUAGAAUUAGCUCAUUUAAAAGAACAUGUUGAACAAAUGAAAACUAAAAAGGGAGCCAAAGGUGAUGGAGAAGAAAAGAAAUCCGAUGAACAAGAAGAAGGACAAGGAGAAGGAGAAGAUGCUAAAGUUGAAUAUGAAAUAGGAUUAUCAGCUCGAGUAUUUGAAAGUGGAUCUAAUUUAUCAUCCGGUCAAAGACAAUUAUUAUCACUUGCUAGAGCUUUAUUAAAUAAAUCUAAGAUUUUAAUCUUAGAUGAAGCAACUGCAGCAGUAGAUGUUCAAACAGAUAAAAUUAUUCAAGAAACUAUAAGAAGUGAAUUUAAAGAUAAGACUAUUUUAACUAUUGCUCAUCGUUUAGAAACUAUUUUAGAUAGUGAUAGAGUUCUUGUAUUAGAUAAAGGUCAAGUUAAAGAAUUUGAUACUCCUAAGAAAUUACUUAGUGAUACAAAUAGUGAGUUCUAUUCCUUAUGUAAGCAAGGUGGAUAUCUUAAGAAUUUAGACAUUGAUAAGCUUUAGGUCAGAUUGCUUUUGUGCUUUUGUGCUUUUGUGCUUUUGUGCUGUUUCUGUUUAUUUUGGUUUAUUUUGGUUUUAACUUUUUUUUUCUUUUUUUAUAUACUUAUAAGUAGUGACUAUUAAUAAAUACUAUCUACUUAUAACUAAGUGACGAAAGAGAUGUCGUAGUUUUGGACUAGAAAAAAGGGCAGUCUCUCUCUGUGCGAGUCCUCUGUGUCGCUC